AUGGUGCAACUAUGGGCUACAGUCAUUACUGGUUUCGAAGAAGUCGCUCAGCAGGAGAUCAAUAGAUUUGAUCCUAAUGCUCAAACAAGGAGGGGUGCUGUUUGUUUUUCCACAGACAUUUCGAAUAUUCCCGAGUGCUUGAAACUCCGGUCCAUCGACAAUUUGCAUGCCAUUUUAUAUUCGGAAGAAAUGAAAAACCUCCAGAGCAUGGAGAAUAGCGAAGCUUUGAGGCAAAUCAAGUUAACGACAAAAUAUGUAAAUUGGGCAGAGGGUAUUGAAUAUUGGCAGACUGCUUUCGGAGAAGAGAUUUCUGGGGGAUCCCAGGGACUAAUGGUAAAAAUGAAAACUUAUGAAGAAACUGGUGUGAAUACGGAAAUCACAGCAGACGUACCUACCUUCAGAGUAACAUGCAACAGAACAGGCGAAAAAGAGCUACAUCAAUUUUCAUCCAUGGAGGCAGCUCGAGUAAUGGGGGCUGAGCUGAAUAACAUGUUUGGUUGGAAACCAAAUAUGAAGAACUUCAACAUAGAAGUUAUUCUGAGCGUGCGAAAUGAGACCGUUACGGUUAUGAUAUCAUUGAAUGCAAAAUCCUUAUUUUGCCGUAACAUUAUCGCAUUUGGACCGACCACUAUGCGUUCCACCAUGUGCUUUUGUAUGGUGUCUCUUGUCCAACCCAAAAAAAAUAGAAUAAUCGUUGACCCUAUGUGUGGUGGAGGAUCGAUUCCCAUAGAAGGAGCCAUAGCGUUCCCUCAAUGCACUUUCAUAGCCGGAGACAAUCAUGAAAAGGCACUCGAGCGUUGUUAUGAAAAUGCAAAAGAUUCCAAAGCUCAAGUCUCUUUUUUAAGAUGGGACGCUAUGAAUUUACCUCUUCUCGACAAUAGUGUUGAUGCUAUUGUAACAGAUUUACCCUUCGGAAAGAAGAUCGGGUCAGUUAGUGAUAAUAGAGUUACUUAUCCAAAAUUACUUUUGGAAUGGCAUAGAGUUGUUCGAACAGGGGGGCGAAUAGUAGUCAUGACUCAUGAUAAGAGAAGUUUACAAAACUCUUUGCCUUCUUUGGGAGGAAAACUGAGAACCGUUCGCAGAUGUAUUUGUAAUCAGGGAGGCUUGACCACCCUUUGCUUUGUGUUCAAAACAUUGUAG